AUGUCCGGUCAAUCGAAGCUCUCCCCCUGGCAAAGUGCCGUUGCGGGCGCGACUGGAGCAGUCGUCGCAAAUGCACUCGUAUACCCCUUAGAUAUCGUUAAAACAAAAUUACAAGUUCAGGUCAAGUCCCAGAAACUCCCGAAGGGCGAUUCCGCCGAUGGUACAGUACACUACGAAUCUACAAUUGAUGCGAUAAAGAAAAUCUUCGCCGACGAAGGCAUUCCGGGCCUAUACUCUGGUAUUAAUGGCUCCCUUAUCGGCGUGGCCUCGACAAACUUCGCAUACUUCUAUUGGUACUCUACUGUCCGAACACUGUAUAUGAAGUCAAGACCGAAUCAGCAGUUGGGUACUGCCGCUGAGCUUGCUCUUGGUGCUAUUGCCGGAGCGGUUGCCCAGGUGUUUACGAUUCCCGUUGCUGUCAUUACCACAAGGCAGCAAACUCAGCCGAAGGGGGAGAAGAAGGGACUACUCGACACCGGCCGGGAGGUUGUAAAUAGCGAAGACGGAUGGACUGGAUUAUGGAGAGGAUUGAAAGCCAGUCUAGUCCUUGUCGUCAAUCCGGCGAUCACAUAUGGAGCUUAUCAGCGGCUCAGAGAGAUUAUAUUCCCCGGCAAGACUAACUUGCGGCCUCUGGAAGCGUUUUUGUUGGGAGCAAUGUCAAAGAGCUUAGCCACAAUCGUCACUCAACCCUUGAUUGUGGCCAAGGUUGGCCUACAGUCUCGCCCGCCACCAUCUAGGAAAGGAAAGCCAUUUAAGAGCUUUGUCGAAGUUAUGCGUUACAUCAUUGAGCAUGAGGGUCCUCUAGGGCUAUUCAAGGGCAUUGGUCCUCAAAUUACAAAGGGACUGCUGGUCCAGGGUCUGCUGAUGAUGGCCAAGGAGAGGAUCGAGCUUCUCUUUAUCCUAUUAUUCGCCUACCUGAAAAACAUAAGGAAGGAGAAACUUCAGAAGGUUGCCGAUGCUGCUGCCGCCAAAGCAAAGGAGUCACUACCAGUCACCUUGAAAUAA